AUGGAAAUCAACAGAGAUUUAUUGCUGGAGUUAGAAAGCCACAGUCUCUUGGUGCUGACAGCUUUUAAGGACAUACAAAAGGAGCUGCAGGAAGAUGCUCGGAUUCGAGGGAUGAGCAAAUGCUCCAUGACACCCACAUCAUCUGCACCCAGGAAUGGAAACAUCAGGACUCCAGAUUCCUGGAGGACCCCAAAUUUGAGAAGAUCACACUUCAGCAAUGGAAAGCAACCAUCAGGAGCCCGUGCCCACAACCUUAGAACACAUCUCUCUGGUCAAUCACCGUGCUCUUCUGGACCCUAA